GUGUCAGAGGGAGUGCCAGAAGAUUGCUGGGACUGGACUUGCUGGAUGUUCUGCUGCUGCUGGAUAUCCAGGGAAGCGUCGAUUUCGUCGGUCGGGAUGGCUGACAUAUCGGGUCGUGCGGACGGUCGACGGGGGGGUCGCGGACGGGCGGAGGGGAAAGAGAUAAACCUCCCCAUCAAACACGGACUCGGCUUAUGUCAGCAUAUCACGGCACUAUAUAACCCGGAGCCGGUCCCUACUCUUACUCUCUCAUCCACCUAUUAUCAUGGACGACUUUGCCUUCACUUUCGACCAUGCUCACCUCGUCCCGAUACCUCCGCCUCUUCCCCCCUCUGCCGACCUAUUCAGCCCCGCCGAGACCACUGACCUCCUCGGAUUCCUCGACACCUUUACUGCCUGGGACGCUUCUGCCCAGCUUGACACCUCCUUUCUCGACAGCAUGAUGCCAUUCGCUCCCCAACCACAACAACCUAUCCCACAAAUCCCCAAGCAACCACCACAAGCACCACCACAAGCACCACAACCACAAUCACAAUCACAACCACAACCACAACCACCACCACCAUCACAACCACCACCAGCUCGCACCAAAUCACUCCUUAGCACUCCACAGAAACGUCUAAACCAUAUCAUGUCGGAGCAGAAGCGUCGCAAUGCCAUCCGUGACGGGUACGCCCAGCUCAUCACCCUUCUAGCCGCAGGUGGCUCUGAGCCAACGAUACCCAUGCCGUCCCGUGGUAGACCCAAGGGGAGUGGUGCAAAUGGAGGCGCAAAGGGCAAGGGCAAGAGUGGUGUCCUGCUCCGUGCUGUCGAUUACGUGCGGUGGCUUGAACAAGGACGGGAUGCUUUGAAGGAUGAGGUUGCAAGAGUCGAGGCUGCUGCCGGUAUCCAGAGAUGAUACCUAAUCUGUAUUUUACAUGUGAAUUCCCCACACAUAUACAAGGACCCACAACUAGCAUGUGAUUUUUAGUCAACCUACUGC